UGGCGGCGGGGAGGGGGGGGCGGAUGCGGAGGUCGCUUCCGCCCGGACCCGUCAUGGCGGCGCGGCGGCGCUGUGCGCAUGUGCGGGGCUCCAUGGCGAGACAAGGGGCCGAGCGCGCGCAGGGCGGCCCGGCGCGGCGAGGUCUGUGAAGGCCGGGAGGCUCAUCUGCGACUGCCCCGCUGAUGCCUGACGGAGCGGAGCGAUGAAGGGGCAGCAGAAAGCAGCUGAGACGGAAGAGGGAACAGUGCAAAUCCAGGAAGCUGCAGUGGCCACAGGUGAGGAUCCCACCAGCGUCGCCAUUGCCAGCAUCCAGUCCGCGGCCACCUUCCCUGACCCCAACAUCAAGUAUGUCUUUCGCACAGAGAACGGCGGGACACAGGUGAUGUACAGGGUGAUCCAAGUGGCCGACGGACAGCUGGAUGGACAGACAGAGGGCACCAGCGCCAUCAGUGGCUACCCCGCUGCCCAGUCCAUGACACAGGCCGUCAUCCAGGGCGCCUUCACCAGCGAGGAUGCGGUGGAGACGGAGGCCACGGCCACCGAGACUCACUACACCUACUUCCCCACCACGGCCGUGGCCGACACCAGCACCUCCGCGGGGACUAUGGCCACCGCCGUCGUCACCACGCAGAACUCAGAGGCCCUCCUGGGGCAGCCCACCCCCACGGGGCAGUUCUUUGUGAUGAUGUCACCCCAGGAGGUGCUGCAGGGCGGAGCGCAGAGGUCCAUCACCCCCCGCGCCCACCCCUACUCCCCGAAGUCGGAGGCGCCGCGGGCCACCCGGGACGAGAAGCGCCGGGCGCAGCACAACGAAGUGGAGCGCCGGCGCAGGGACAAGAUCAACAACUGGAUCGUACAGCUCUCCAAGAUCAUCCCCGACUGCUCCAUGGAGAACACCAAAUCGGGGCAGAGCAAAGGUGGGAUCCUCUCCAAAGCCUGUGACUACAUCCAGGAGCUGCGGCAGAGCAACCACCGUCUCUCCGAGGAGCUGCAGGGCCUCGAUCAGCUCCAGAUGGACAACGAGGUCUUGCGGCAGCAGGUGGAGGAUCUGAAGAACAAGAACCUGAUCCUGCGGGCGCAGCUCCGCCAGCACGGCGUGGAGAUCGUCAUCAAGAACGACAGCCACUGACGGGGACGGCGGGGUCGGGGACUGGCGGGGGGCCGGGGGUCGCCCCCCCUGCGCCUAACCCCCCACCCCGGCAGCGAGCACCUCCCCGGCGUGACAUGAGGACCCUCCCGUUUGGUUUGUGUCCCCCUCCCAUCCCAAUCCUUUCUCCGCCCUCUCCCCCCUCCCCCCCCGCCCCAUGUCCCCGGGGUGCCCCGUGUCCCCAGGGUGCCCCGUGUCACCGCACCCCCCCUCCGCGCUUCGUGCACACGCUCUCGGCCAGGCGGGCGCCAGCCCCGCUGCCCCCCCAGCACUGCCUCGGUCUCUUGGCCCCCCACCUGUGCCCGCGACGCCCCCCCUCCCCCACGGGGCACCCCCUCCCCGGGGGACCGUCCCCUCCCCGGGGGGCUGUGGCACCUCUCGCCCCUCCCUGCCGGCCCUGGGCAGCCGCUGGGGAUGCGGGGGUCCCGGGGUGCCGCGGCCCCCGUUCCCUGCCCGCUGCGGCUGGCCCGGCCCCGUGUGGCCAGACUUUUUUUUAAAACUCUGAAUUUAAAAAGCGAAAAUAAAUAAAAAUAGUGAUUUGUU